AGAAUACCUUCAUCCCUAAUCCCACUCUCCCCAGCAGCACCCCCAGUGUGUAUAUAAAUAAUCCUGGUGCUGGCUUGCUCACACAGCUGCUUUAUGAGCAAGGGAGUUGGAAUUGGGCUCUUAAUAAUGACUAGUAAAUCAGUUAUACAGUCUGAACCUGGGAUUUAGUGAGGAGCAGGGAUUAUAUAGUAUAUAAUUUGGAAAUUAUUUUAAUAAGCGUGGAAAACAAGAGGCGUGGAGUUUGUCCUCCCAAUAUUAAGUUAAUUGAGUUCUAGCUGUCUGCAGUUGGACAGUGGCUGCUCUGCAGUGAGUGUUACUGCAGCCUGUGGGGGUAUUGCUCUGCAGUGAGUGUAGUUGGAGUGUGACAGCAGCCUGUGGGGGUAUUGAUCUGCAGUGAGUGUAGUUGGAGUGUGAGUGUAGUUGCGGGGUAUUACUCUAAAGUGAGUAUAGUUAGAGUGUGAGUGCAGUAUAUGAUGGGUUCCUGGAAUGUGGCUACUGUGCUCCUGCUGGCCGUGUCCUGUAUCCAGCUGGCCCAGGCUCAGUUCCCCCGGGUGUGUAUGACUGUGCCCACGUUGGUGGCCAAGCGGUGCUGCCCGGCCCUGGGCUCUGAUCCGGCCAAUGAGUGUGGCACCUUGCAGGGGAGGGGGCAGUGUGUGAACGUGGUAGUGGAUGACCGGCCGUGGAGCGGACCGUAUACUCUGCGCAAUGUGGAUGACCGGGAGCGCUGGCCGCUCAAAUUCUUCAACGCCACGUGCAGGUGUGCAGGUAAGUGCUCUACAGAGCAAAAUUGGGGAGGGACCAUCUCUGCCGGGCUGCCAUACCACGUAUGGACCAAGAGUUUAGCUGGUUUCAGGAACUUUUUGCUUAAUGAUAUUCUAAAGUGUCAGUUCGCUGCCCCAAACUCCGUGAUCGCUGCUUCAUAUUGGUACAUAAAAUAGGAAUAAAACUCUCAGGGGGUUAUACAUUUUAUUGAAAUGUGUUGUGAAUUUCAAAGUUAAGGCCAAAGUAGUUGAACUGGAAGCAUUGCUGUCUUGUGUAUUUUUUUUCAGUUCAGCUACUUUGGUGAUCAAUAUGAAAAACCUUUUGCAUUCCUGACCAUCCCCACUUUAGUGGAUACAACUGACAGAGUAUUUUUAUGUGGAGACAGGAACUGUGAAUGUCAGGCUAAAAAAAAUUCUUCACUGCAAUUCUGUGUUUAGCAAAUAAACAUUUAGGGGUAGGAUGUGUAUGUGUGUGCCUAUUUCUAAAAUUAGGCACAUUCUGACAUAGCACAAGUAUUAAAUAAAUGAUAGAUUAUUUAAACUGUCUCCUUAAGACCGCCGGUUAAAGGACCACUAUAGUGCCCUGAGGGUGCCCCCACCCUCAGGGUCCUACUCCCGUCGGGCUGGAUGGCAAGGAAAGGGGUUAAACUUAACUUUUUUCCAGCAGGGAGCUCUCCUCCUCAUCUCCGCCUACGAUCCUCCUCUUCGGCUGAAUGCGCAUGCGCGGCAGGAACUGCGCGCGCAUUCAGCCUGUCUCAUAGGAAAGCAUUCAUAAUGCUUUCCUAUGGACGCUGGCGUCUUCUGACUGUGAUUUUCACAGUGAGAAGCACGCAAACGCCUCUAGCGGCUGUCAAUGAGACAGCCUUUAGAGGCUGGAUUAACCCAUUUAUAAACUGUUUUAUUAAAAAAAAAGGGGGUUAAUCCUAGAGGGACCUGGCACCCAGACCACUUCAUUAAGCUAGAGUGGUCCUUUAGCCGUAACGGCUAGCAGCCCCAGGAGGUGCAGCCCUCCCCUGGCAAAUGAGGCCCCCGGGGGUCACAUGGCCCCCUAUAGCUGGCUGUGGAUCUGCCAGCAGGGGGACUGUCUAAAAUGUCACAGUCCCCCUGCUGGUGGGAAGUAUUAAAAUGAUUAGACGCGUAUAAAAUUAAAAUAGAUGUGUGUGUGUGUGUGUGUGUGUGUAUAUAUAUAUAUAUAUAUAUAUAUAUGUAUGUAACGUCAUUCUAAGUGUAUUUUAAUACUAAUAUAUGUACUUAUAUUAAUAUUCAAAUAUAUUACGUUACAUAUAUAUUUAGUGAAGUCUGUGUUGUCAGGCAUGUCAAUCAAAUUUUAAUUAGUCAAAUCACAUAAUUAUGUUAAAAGAUUACUUAAAUAUACAUGUAGAAUUUUGAUAUAUAUAUGCAUUUAUAGGUAUUUAAAUUCUACGUAUAUAUAUAUAUAUAUAUAUAUAUAUAUAUAUAUAUAUAUAUAUAUAUAGAUAAAUACAUAUAAUUACAUAAAAGAUUACAUUAGUAUACACGUAGAAUUUAAAUACCUAUAAAUGCAUAUAUAUUAAAAUUCUACAUGUAUAUUUAAGUAAUCUUUUAACAUAAUUAUGUGAUUUGAUUAAUUAAAAUUUGAUUGACAUGCCUGACAACACAGGGAGAAAGGUGCAGAGAAUUUAAUUCGCAAGUACAAUAUUUGACCCUGUAACUCUCCAAGACACCAAAAAACCUGUACAUAGGCGGUACUGUUUUACUCAGGAGACUUCGCUGAACUCAAAUAUUAGUGUUUCAAAUUGGUUAAAAUGUAUUACAAUGAUGAUAUUUUAAGUAAAAGUGCAAUUUUUUGCAUUUUUUACAAACGAACGACACUUUUAUGGACUAUAUUAUUGUUGUAAUAUGUUUUACAGUUUGAAAACACUAAUAUUUGUGUUUAGUGAAGUCUCCCGAGAAUAACAGAACGACACAUUAUGGACUAUAUAUUGUUUAAUAGUUUUACAGUUUGAAAAACUAAUAUUUGUGUUUAGUGAAGUCUCCCGAGAAUAACAGUACCUCCCAUGUACAGGUUUUAUGGUGUUUUGGAAAGUUAGAGAGUCACAUAUAAGGCUUGCAUUUCAUGUUUUUGACAUUUUGCAAAAGUAGACAACCCAAGGUAUUGUAAGUGGGGUAUGUCCAGUCUUUCUUAGUAGCCACUUAGUCACAAACACUGGCCAAAUAUUAGUUUUUGCUUUUUUCACACAAAAACAAAUAUGAACGCUAACUUUGGCCAGUGUUUGUGACUAAGUGGCUACUAAAAAAGACUAAACAUACCCCACUUUCAAUACCUUGGGUUGUCUACUUUUUCAAAUGGUAUGCCAUUAUGGGGUAAUUCUCAUUCCUGGGCUACCACACCGUCUCAAAGGUAACAUUACUAAUCUGGCAAAUUUCAAUUUGAAAAUGGAACGUUCUAUAUUUGACCCUGUAACUUUCCAAAACACCAUAAAACCUGUUAAUGGGGGGUACUGUUGUACUCGAGAGACAUCGCUGAUUACAAAUAUGUGCAUUUUAAUUUUUUUGCAGUAAAACCUAACAGUAUUAUGACAUUCACAGCUAAAAUGUCAGACGGAAAUACAAAUUUUAAAAAAAAAUCUUAUUUUCUCACAUUUUUUUUUUUUUUUAAUUUCAUUCCUAAUAAAUUAUGUUCCAUAUAUGAAUAGUGAAUGAUAAAUUAAAGCCCUGUUUCUCCUGAACAAAAUUAUAUAUAAUAAGUGUGGGUGCACUUAAUGUGACAGCGGUGAAUUACGGAUGAACAGACAUAUAGCGCAAAUUCCAGUUUUUGUUUACGUUUUGAUCAGAACGUGUACUAUUGACUUCGUCCUGAAGGGGUUAAACUUUGUGUAUAUAUUCUGUUGGCUAUUCUUUUCUAUGUGAUAUGUUCUAUUGAAUUCAGUAAUAAUUCUAUAUAGCCAAGUUAUUUAAACAGUAGGAUCUAUCCUAUUUUAUUUUGCUAAUUUAGACUGUUUACUGAUUCUAUGUGUGUGUGUAUAUAUAGUUUAAAUAUGACAGACUGGUUUAUAAAAGCACCAUAAAUUAUUGUAUAUGACACCCCACCUAUUUUGACUUCAGUCAAGUGUUCUGGUGACGUGUUCUUCUUUUUUGUUUUAAUUGCAUUCUUGUUGCAACUUAAUGCGGAGAUACUUCAUAUUGCUGUGUGACAUUUAGUGAACUCUCCUCAGAAUGCUAUGUGUCAUGAAUCUUUUCACUAGUCUAUGGUUACUUCAACCUCGACGACCACAUAAUUUAUUUUUUUAAAGAAGUGAAAUCUGUAGUGUUCCUGCUUAAAAUCGGCACUUUUGUGCCAGUUAAUAGUUGCACCCCUGGCUCAUGUGACUCUGUUCCGAGAUGCCUAAUGUUAAUUCUGUACAUUAAUGACUAGCCUUGCAGGCCGCGCUGGGGGAUAACCUGCUUCCUCUCAAACCUCCCUGCAUUGAGAAAUAUAUAUUUUUAUAUCGAUUUUCUCCAGCUUUUGGCAGUAGAAAAGGGCUGGACGUUGUAACUAGUGCCCAAUAUCGAGCAGUAUAACUUAAAAUAUUAAAAAGGGUUACAGUAACACCGUAAAUCUGUUCUCAUCUUAUGCUCCAUUGAAGAGUAUAUGACAGACUGUGAAAGAGGGCUAGUCUUCUCUGAAACAGUAUUUAUUUAUUUUCUAAUCCUGGGCAAAUUUUAUGUUUUGAAUGCUAAAUGCCUUAGCCUACCUGUACAUCUCAGGCAAAUAAUCCAACAUGUAAUGUAGGCUAUUUUAUGAGUAUAUAUGAGUGCUUGAUGAUAAAUUUGGCUCAUUGGUGCCAACAAAUAGUGUUUAGAACUGUAACUAAAAACUUUUUCUAUUCUCAGGCUGGGUUAAUGUUUGACAUUAACAUUGGUCUGAAAUAUAUUGUUUCUUUCUUUGUUGCAUUAGGAAUACAAAUCAAAUCAUUGCCUUUGCUAUGACUUCAAUCUGAGGAUUCUCCUUUUUUUUUUUUUUUUUUCAACUAUCAUUCUAAUAAAAAAGAAAUCACAAUUCCUCCUUAUAAGUUAUGAAUGCUUUGCUGUCAAGAGUUCUCACGUAUCUGUAUUAAAGGCCUAUUGCCUGGGAAAAAGUUAGUCAUGAGAUUUAAAACACGUGAUCACAAGUGAGCUUUGAAAACACUUUUUGGCAUUUAUUCCCAUUCUUUUAAGGUUAAAUCGUGACCUUCUGUCUUAUUGAAUAUAUAACGGGACAUGUCUAGAGUGAUACAUCCAUUUAAAGUAUGUAUAUGUAAGAUUAUUAACUAAAUUGCUGAACAAAUACUGCACUGGUAUCCUUUACUAUUAAUUGCUUUGCCAAACAUUUGAAAAAAAUAUUUUUCUUUAAAAGAAAGUGUAUCACUGAUUUUUAACAUAUGCAAUUAAUGUAUGAAGGACAAAUCUAUGUAGUAGGCCAAUAAGCUAACUAGUUUUAUCCUGAUUUGGUGAUGUGCUCUGAGAGGACUCCGUUAUUGUCUAAGGGUUGAUAUGCUUCCCUAAAUGUGGCUUAUGUGUCCUUCAACAUUAAAACACUUGUCGUCAUUGGCAAACCGUUGGCUGUCCAUCUUUCCUAUUACAGUAGGUGCUAGGGAUGCGUUUUAUAACAAUUUACACUAAAAGGCACAUGUUGCAAAAUAUAAGAAAAUGAAUACCAAGCAAUACAUAACGACAUGCAUUUGAAAACCAGAGUCCGUAGACCAAUACAAGAUUCCUAAACAAAUAUAUAAAAGGACCUGCAUAUCUCUUUCCCCCCCUGCCCAAAUGUGACAUUUUUAACAUGUCUUAGCUUUUAUUUUUAAACUCUUGUCUAAAAUAUUGUGUUGAAACAGGAAACUUUGGAGGAUAUAACUGUGGAGAGUGCAAGUUUGGUUGGACUGGAGCCAACUGCGAUCAAAGGAAGCCCCUUGUUGUGCGCAAGAAUAUUCAUUCUUUAACCGCUGUGGAAAGAGCCCAGUUUUUGGACGCACUGGAUCAAGCUAAGACUACAAUUCAUCCAGAAUAUGUGAUUGCCAAGCAGCAUUGGUUAAGUCUUCUCGGGCCCAAUGGAACUGAACCACAAAUCGAAAAUGCAAGCAUCUAUAACUACUUUGUGUGGCUGCAUUACUACUCUGUGAGGGAUACAUUGCUAGGUAUGUCUGUGUAUGUCUCUUCUUGAACUUGCGUUCAGUUAUUCAAUGCCUUUUUUAAGAGUAAAUUGUUACUUUUCAAUAUGCUUCCCAGAAUAUAGGUACAUCUUCCAAAAACUAGAAACUACCACUGUUUUUUUCCUUUUAUUUGCUGCAAAUCCCUAGGGUUCACAGAGAUGACCAGCAACAAAAUACUUUCCAGUAAAUUUCUCAGUCAAUGCCAUAGCUGCUAUUUUUUUUUUCAAUGGAAGUUCUAUGUGUAGUCUAGAAUGUCAUGUUUUGGGGAUAUGUAGAGGUGUUGAAAUAUGUGCGGUAAUCAGCAAACCUGGCUGAGUAAGCAUACUCCUGAAAUGACACGAUUGAGACUAUUCAGCAAGUUAUUGUAAGCCGGUUGGAUUCUAUUAACCUAUAAAGUGGCGUCAUUUGUGUUUGUUGGCUUUUUCACAUGCACAUCAUUGAAACUCUAACUACUAUAAUGAAGGGAGGAUAAGGUAAAAGUAUCAUAUAAUUAAUAUAAAGUGGUUAUGAUGCUUGGAGUGUCCCAUCUAAUUAUGGGCAUUAAAAAAACACAAACAUGUAGCCAUUAUCUAGAGCUAUAUUUCAAAAGAUUUUAUUUAAAAAAACCUCUUCUCCUUGUUUCUGUUUAACUUUCUGAAUUAGCACCUCAUACUUGGUUUAUACUAAUUUACCAGGUCUAACCUGCCACAGCAGUCAAAUAAAUGCCAUCCAGGGUGGACAGAAUUUGGUACUGAUAACGCAGUGUCUGAACUGUAGUGCUGCUUUAUAAAUGCGCAAACAUUGUAAGAUAUUGGGUUUUGGCAAACUAAAUGGACCGAUUUCUUCACAAAAAACUUGCUCCUUUUUAGCAUUUAUAAGAUUUGUAUAAUUGAAAGGGAAACUCCAGGCACCCAGACCACUUCUGCCCAUUGAAGUGGUCUGGGUGCCAAUUCCCACCACCCUUAACCCUGCAAGUGUAAUUAUUGCUGUUUUUAUAAACUGCAAUAAUUACCUUGCAGGGUUAUGUCCUCCUUUAACAAAAAGAUAAGUCCUGGGCUCACUCCCAUUACUCCUGGGCGGCAGCAAUGACCACAGUACAUAUCCGCCCUAAUAUAUAGUUAAAAACCAAAGGAGGAAAAAAGUUACCUGCGCUCUCUCCUUAAUCCCUAUGUAUAUUUAGACAGAUGGAGGUCCAAUGGCCAUUGGAGGGAAUGCCCGCCAGCCAAAGUCAAGGCAGACCCCCUUAAGCGGGUCCUACACUGACCCUUCACCUUGCUUCCUUGAGCUUCUGGCAAAGACAGAGACAGAGAGGGGUAUUUUUUAUAUACACCCCUCUAUACUUUUAAUAGGGAACUCAUGGGAUGGGCGGCAGCAUUGUAACAAGGCUGUGUGAUACAAAGUAAAUACAAAUACAAAAAGAGAAGUUCUGCGCUCACUCCCAUCACUCCUGGGCGGCAGCAAUGACCACAGUACACAUCAGCCCCAAUAUAUUGUUAAAAACCAAAGAAGAGUUACUUGCGCUCUCUCCUUAAUCCCUAUGUAUAUUUAGACAAAUGGAGGUUAUUUAGUUACUCCAAUGGCCAUUGGAGGGAAUGCCUGCCUGCUAACGUCAAGGCAGACCCCCCUAAGCACCUCUAGUGGCUGUCUAUCAGACAGCCACUAGAGAGACAUCCGUGUUUUAAACUACGCUGGAUGUCCUCACGCUAUACAUGAGGACAUCCAGCGUUGCCGAAAUCCCCAUAGGAAAGCACUGAGUAAUGCUUUCCUAUGGGGAGGUCUAACAUGCGUGGUCAUUGCCGCACAUGCGCAUUAGGUCUCCCCUGACGGCGGGGCAGGAGCGUGGGCAGAGCCUGACCCAGCGCCGAGGGACACUGGCGCUGAAAUCAGGUAAGUCACUGAAGGGUUUUUAACCCCUUCAGCAAUGUGGGGUGGGAGGGAGAGGGGCACUGCAGGGUCCUGGAGAGUCCCUUUAACAAAGAUGAUGAUGAUAAAAUAUAGAUAAUUGGUUUUCAUUUUGGUCAACAAACACAUUAUCUGAUCACCAAGCUGAAAACAAAAAUAACCUUAAACCACAAUUUCUCAAAAUAAACUAAGUGUCUUAAAUAAUCCCUUUUUAAUCCCAUAUCCAAUAGAAGCACCAUAAUGUUUUCCUUUUAAUAAACAUUGACUUGCAUUUCGUACUUCUGUGUCUUUGAAAUCUGAAUUGGUACAAAUUAGUUUUGAUAUAUUUCAUACCUUUUAAAGGGCUUGGGAAAAUUCAGCAGGUAGGCAACCUUUGGCACUCCAGAUGUUAUGCACUACAUUUCCCCUGAUGCUUUGCCAGCACUCUGGCUUUAAAAGCAUUAUGGGAGAUGAUGUCCAUAACAACUGGAGGGCCAAAGGUUAACGCUGUGAGAACAAAAAUUGUAUUUGAGUAUAAAAAUUUAUUUCUAGAAAGUUUAUGAAGCAAUUAUUGGUUUGGUUAGAGCUUGUUAUAAACCCUUAACCUGGAUAUUUUUGUUUUUUCCUCCAGUAAAUACAUGAACUUCAUAUGUAUUAUUAUUAUUAUUAUUAUUAUUAUUAUUAUUAUUAUUUUUUUUUUUUUUUUUUAUGCAAUAAAAUAUGGGUCAAAUUCAGCCCAUGGUGUCUCUUGACCUAUACUGAAUAUUAUCUGAUUUGCAGCGCCUGGACGUCCAUUCAAAGGAAUAGAUUUUUCUCAUCAAGGACCUGCAUUUGUUACCUGGCAUCGAUACCACCUGUUACUUUUGGAAAGAGAUAUUCAGGUUAUUAUACAAAGCAUUUCAUCCUGAUGUUUAAUAUAAACCUAAUAUGACUUUGUGGCUUGAGGAAAAAUUAGGUAUUGUAUAACAACUAAGAUGAUACUCAUGACAUGAGAGUGAAACGUCACAGAGAUGUUUUGAUAAAUGCCUUGGAAGUACCAUGUUGCUCAACUUGAAGAAAGGUUGUUGACAUCUUGCAUGAUUAUAAUUUUUUUUUUUUUUACCAUGGCACAAACUACUCUUCUGAGUAGAGUCCCUAUUGAAAUCAAUGGCGGUUAAAGUGGUUUUGGCACCUCCACCAUUCCAAAUGGAGUAUUUAAUAACGAUAAACCCCUCUGUAUAACUGCUCCUCUGGCAGUGUGGUGAUAGACAUCAGACAAUGACAAAGCUGCUUGAAUAGCUCAUGUGGACCAAUGACAUUCUCAUCUAGCUAUAGUUGCCUAUACUUUACUCUAGAAUUAACAGACUAAGUGUUUCCAACUGACUUAGAGGAGAGGAGGCCGCAGCGGGUACCCAGGAAGUUAAGCCAUUUUCAAACGGUUUGUCUUCUUGUUGUGGUAGGGGCGCCAGGACACCAUAACCAUUAGAGAGGGCUGUAAUGGUUAUGGUGAUUGGAUUAUUACUUUUAACCUCUUGACAUCUUUGCACUUUUUCCACCUAGAUGUAAGCAAACCUGUUUGUGGUUACUCCUUGUACGUAUUUAAUGUAUUUGAAUGACUGAUUAAAUAUCGCUCUUUCUUAUCCUAACAGAAAAUGCUUGGCAAUGACUCUUUUGCUCUGCCAUACUGGGACUUUGCCACUGGCAGUAAUGAAUGUGAUGUCUGUACAGAUGAGUUGUUUGGAGCCCCAAGACUGGAUGAUCCAAAUUUAAUUAGUGGUGGCUCUAGAUUUUCGCGUUGGGAAAUUGUGUGCAACAGGUAAUGCUUUAAAUUAAGUGGUUUAUUACUUCUUUGCUCCUGCCUCAGGUUUAUGGUUUUGUUACGUAACGUGCAUGUGGGUUUUAUUUUAUUUAUUUCCUUGCCUUUCCUCUACGCACCCACUCGUACUUAUCUACAGCUAACUAGAUGUAUACAGCUGUGGAAAUACUGCUGGUGUGGCAGUACCCAGGGCCCACACUUUCAGGUGGCUCAUCGAUCCCCUGCACUUAAGGCCACCCAAUGGGCAGCAGGGACCCCACUAACCGUGUGACCAGGCCCCUCACAUCAGCUGUCUGAGAGGAAGUGGGUGCAGUUCACUACCUCUCAGAUUCAGAGAGCCACACCAGAGUCAUAGAGGAGGAAAAGCAGGUACAAACUGCAAGGAGGGAGAAGCAAAGAGUACUCCAAACCCCACACUCCCAUCAGCCUCAGGACCCAUGGAAGCUGCCCUCCUGCACACAAAAGGUAUGCUAAAAGGAGGCUGGCUAAACCUAUUAUUACAUGUAUCCGUGUGUGGGUAUGUAAGCCUACAUGCACGCAUAACUUUGCAAUCAAAUGCAAACAUUACUUACAAACACCCCUUUAUUCAAACACAAAUGUACACACACACAUUUAAAAGCCACCAUUACACACCUGCAUUCAAACAAUUAUGUAGAAGUACACCACGGCAUUCCAAUUUCACUGGUACACACAAAUAUACCCCUACGUGCUUACAUUCAAACCCACAAGUAUUGCUCACAAAUACAACAGGCUCGGAAGCCCAAAAUAGUAGAUCCCCAGCUGGGAUAACAUUGUAGGUGUUGUACAACCGUUGAGGAAUUACCUUUCAUGCACCAGGGCUCUCUCUCUACAUUCGUUGUACCAGUGGAUGUAUGCUACGUGAUGUCUUUUGUAUAUCACACCCACCGUUAACUAGUUGUCAUAUCAAACCUAUAGUAAUGGAGGAGGGAACAGAAAGGCCUUGGUGUAUAAGAGGGGAAAACAUGCAAUAUAAUGCAGAUUUAUCUUCAGAUUCACCAAUUGGGUAUCUAAUCUGUUAGAAAGCUUGGUAAGGCUGAAUCUGACAUUCAAUUCAGAGGCAAUGAUUUAAGUUCCCUUUUGGUUUAAAAAAAAAAAAGCAUUUGUUUUAAGGUGUCACUGUAAUGACAGACUAAUGUCUGUGUGUCAAGUAUUAAAAUGUCAUGAAAACUAAUGGAAAAUUAAACACCAAUUUGAUCAUUCAUUAAAUGCUGUAUGUCUGUUACUGGGAGAUUUAUAAAAUGUAACAUGGCUACUUGCAUUUUUAAAUAGCUCUUUAUAUUUUAUUUGAAAUAUAUUUUUAGUUUGGAUGACUACAAUCGCCUGGUUACCUUGUGCAAUGGAACCAAUGAAGGCCCUCUGCAGAGGAGUCCAAUAGAUAGAUCUGGUGGACUGCUGCCCUCCAAGGAAGACAUACAGAAAUGCCUCACACUUAAAGACUUUGACAAUGCUCCCUUUUUCACAAAUUCCACUUUCAGUUUUCGGUAAGCUAGUAGGUUUUCUAUUAAUCAUCAGAAUAUUUUAUUUAUGGUGGCAGGAAAUGUAUCUAAUCCUUGUACAAUAUCAUUCAUAGAAAUGCACUUGAAGGAUUUGACAAGCCAGAUGGAACCCUUGACUUUCCUGCUGUGAGUCUCCAUAACUUGGUACAUGCCUUCCUAAAUGGAACCAGCGCUCUACCUCACGCUGCUGCGAAUGAUCCCAUAUUUGUGGUAACUUGUUAUUUUUAUUUUACCCUGUUAUCUGCUUCCUUUGAAUUGCACCAUCUUUCCUCCACAGUACGUAUUGGAAAUUAAAACUAAACUUAAGAUUCUUUCCAGGUGCUUCAUUCUUUUACUGACGCAAUUUUUGAUGAAUGGAUGAAACGUAAUCAGCCCUCUGAUGCUGUGUGGCCACCAGAACUUGCCCCAAUAGGGCACAAUCGCAUGUACAAUAUGGUACCAUUCUUUCCUCCAGUAACAAACGAUGAGCUUUUCAAAUCCGCUGAACAACUGGGAUACUCCUAUGCUAUAGACUUACCAGGUAGGUGUGUGUAUGUAUGUAUGUAUGCAUAUAAAGCACAAAUAAUGGCACUCACCCUUCCUGAUGUAAUGAAUAGUAAAGUGCCCUGGUGCAAUCUUAUGCUAUGUGUGCAUAUAUAUAUAUAUAAUGACAGUGGGGGGUGGAAGAGUAUUUGUUCCCUUGCUGAUUUUGAACAUUUGCUCACUGACAAAGAAAUGAUCAGUCUAUAAUUCUAACGGUAGGUGUAUUUUUAACAGUGAGAGACAAAAAUAACAAAACAAAAUCCAUAAAAACGCAUGUCAAAGUUAUAAUUGAUUUGCAUGUCACUGAGUGAAAUAAGUCUUUGAUUUAGUACUUGGUGGCAAAACCCUUGUUGGCAAUCAGUUCAGACGUUCCUUGUAGUUGGCCACCAGGUUUGCACAUACUUCAGAAGGGAUUUUGGCCCACUCUUCUUUGCAGAUUCUCUCCAAGGCAUUAAGGUUUCGAGGCUGACGUUUGGCAACUCGUACCUUCAGCUCCCUCAACAGAUUUUCUAUAGGAUUAAUGUCUGGAGAAUGGCUAGGCCACUCCAGGACCUUAAUGUGCUUCUUCUUGAGCCACUCCUUUGUUGCCUUGGUUGUGUGUCAUUUUCAUGCUGGAAUGCCCAUUUUCAAUGCACCGGCUGAGAAAUGGAGGUUCUCACCCAAGAUUUGACAGUUCAUGGCCCAGUCCAUCGUCCCUUUGAUGUGAUGCAGUUGUCCUGUCCCCUUAGCAGAAAAACACCCCAAAGCAUUAUGUUUCCACCUCCAUGUUUGACGAUGAGGAUGGUGUUCUUGGGGUCAUAGGCAUUUUCUCUCCAAGAGGGUUAUGUUGGGGGAAAAUUGUGAUUGAAAACCCCUUCCACCUGAAGUUUGUGGAUAGUUAAUACAAUGAUAAAUAAAAAUCUGCACACCAGUCAAGCAAUAAGACUUGCUUUUCCCACAGAAAUCACAAAUCUGCAGUGGUUACUACUGCAAAGGAUUCUGCGUGGGCAUAUGCAAAAUAGUUUAACAAAGAGUCACAUUUAAACCACUCAUGGACAGCUGUUUCAUUGUAAAUGCAAAUCGUCAGCAUGAGGUUGGUUACUAUAAUAUAUAUAUAAUUUUUUUUUUUGUGCCAGACUUCACUUGGCAAUUAUAUCUAGGUAAUAAUUGUUUAUCUUCAACUCUCCUCUCCCUCGCCCCUAUCCCAAUCCGCUGUUCCAAAUGUUUUUCUAAAAUAAAAAUAAAAAAAAAUACUGCUGUCAUGACAUUCUGUGGAUUAAAUUGACACUCCAGGCACCCAGACCACGUCUGCCCAUUGAAGUGGUCUGGGUGCCAACUCCCAUCACCCUUAACCCUGCAAGGUAAUUAUUGCAGUUAAUAAUUACUUGCAAUAAUUACACUUGCAGGGCUAAGUCCUCCUCUAGUGGCUGUCUACCAGACAGCCACUAGAGAGACUUUCGGCUUCUUAAAACAUUAAGUGUUUUUAAAUGACGCUGGAUGAUCUCACACUAUUUAUGAGGACCUCCAGCGUUGCCGGAAUCCCCAUAGGAAAGCAUUGAAUAAUGCUUUCCUAUGGGGAGGUCUAAAGCGUGUGUAUGUGUGCACGCAGCCAGUGCUGCAUAUUGGGUCUCCCCUGCCGGCUGGCGUGGGCAGAGCCUGACCCGACGCUGGAUUCAGGUAAGCCACUGCAGGGGUUUUAACCCCUUCAGCAACAUGGGGAGAGAGGGAGGGCACUACAGGAUCCUGGCACUGGAGAGUCCCUUAAAGCUGACAACUGAAUCGAACGCUAUUCAAAUUUUUUUAAAUAAAAUCCAUGCGCUUAGGUUCAGAAGUGCUAUAGAAAGUUUCCUGGCUUGUUGGACACUCUGCAGAACUUUAAAUGUAUCUUUUUUAAUUUCAUUGGCUUUGCAUAAAGCAUUCCAAUUUGAGUAGGGGUGGAGAUUGAGGCUUGUAGAUGACUGAGACCAGCUCCGUUGCUACUAUCCGUGUUGUACAUCCUUUAGGUGUUCUCGUUCCUUGAUUGUCACUUUGGGUUUCUUUGCAAGUUUCUUUCUUUCAUGCUUCUGCUUGGUUUCAAUUGUAUUCCUGUCACUCACCAAUAAUGAAACAAUCUUACUUUUUUUUUUUUUCUCUCUCUCCUCCUUUCUUUUCUUCCAAUGCAGACUCGGGAGACAGUCGUGCGAUAGGGGUUAUAGUUGCCUCUACUGUCGGUGGUAUACUUCUUGCUUUGCUUGUACUCCUUGUUCUGCUACUCCUCUUCAUGCACAGGAAACAACAUCAAGGCUUUGAACCUCUAAUGAAUGCAAAAUACAACACCACAAAAUACACAGAUGAAGCUUGAAGAAACCCUUUUUAUCUAAAACCACCUUUUGUAUUGGUAAUUCUCUUACUGACUUCCCCAAGUAACAAUUUCCCAUGGUUGCCAAUUGGGUGAAUGUUUUAUUUUUUUUAAUAUUAUUUUAUAAUGUUGUAUAAUUGGGGUGAAGUUGUCAAAAUAGAUGUGCUCAGUUUGUGCAAACAUGAUCUGCAUUGUGUCAACACAAAUGUUGUUAGUUUUAUGAGUAAAAUGUAUUCCCCCUUCCCCCCUUUACAUUCAAGGAGGUCCAGUCAGACUGACCUCUCAAGAAUAUUAUGUUUCUUCUAAAUGUCAUUGUCACCUCCCCCUGUAAGUUCUGAAGGCAAAAAAGGACAAUGGAGAACUGCCCAUAAACUUUAAUAAUUGCUAUACUUCUAAAAACAAUUGGGCAGCAAUUGAUGUUUUACAAAGGUGGUGGAAGGAGGGCUAGUUGGGCCCAUUUGUUUGUGUUAAAUGUGUCUGCUUUUUUUGUAUUGCAUCAGCCCUUUAUACUGAGGUCAACAAACAUCUCCGUGAUGUAAUCCUAAUGUACAAGGUGCUGACUGCCUACCACGUGAUGUCCAGCCAUGUAGUAGAAAUUGAAUGAUGCAAGUAAAUGAAGUGAUGGAAAUGUCAAACUAACAUAGGGGAUAAUUUAACCACUUCCACAUGUGCACCAAAAUGUAUGCGUCUUGCACAUGUUAUGGUGUAAGGAAGUCUGCAGUCCCUCUAAAUAACUUUGAAAUAAGCUUACAACCCAAUGUCGCAGAAGGAAAUUGUACUUCUUCCUCUGUCUGUCCAGUUAUUUGAAUGGUGCGUGUGUGGUAGUUGAGCCAGCUGUACAAUUUCUCACCUCUCCUGAAGUGCUCCUUUUCCGCUUACUGUGAAGGAUCCUGAGCCCUGAUUGUGUAAGUGUCUCACAGGCAGACUUACAACAAAGAAUGAUGAAGCUCAGAAACACUGCAUAAAGGUGCUAGGGCUGUUUACACGUAGGCUUGACAAAGGCCUAAACAUUCCUGGGCAGGUUGGUGGAUGUUUAAUUUUGUGUAUGUGUGUUUUGUAGACUGUCACCAGUGUCAAAUCUCAGUUUCUCUAGCUCAAAUCCCAACACACUAAUUAAGACAAUCACAAAUUAACAGAUUGAGCUGGAUAUGCAAUUGACUAUAAUUUUUAUUAAUUUUUAUUUAUUUUUAAAUUGAGAGUACAGUUUUAGUUGAACUGUUUCUUCUAAACUUUAUAGAUGUAAAGGGGGGGGGGGGGAGAAAGGAGAACCUUGUUGUUCAUGCAGAUUUUUAUCCACCCUCCUAUUAAUAUAGUUUGUAAAGGGACACUCUGAGCAUAGUAGGUACAUGUUGGCCUCAUCCCAGGCAUUAUGCCAAUACCACAAUGGACAUGAAUCAAGGCUGACAUAAGAUCACAGGAUCUCCCAGCCAGCUCAUGUGCUGACCCAACCAGUCAGGUGUGGGAAUUGUGGUCUGCCUCUCCCACAGGUCACCACAGCAAUCUCCUAAUUCCCCACUCAAGACUUCAUGUAUAUGCUCUGCCCAUCACUUGGUAAAUAUACAUUUUGUGUUAUGCUGACCAAACCACUCUAAUACCCUAUGCAAUAGAUAAACAUUUUCUUUUUGUUUGAAUCAAUUCCUUGUACAUCCAUUUGUCAAAAGUAAAUCCCUGGUAACUUGAACUAGUAAAUUAAUUUGGGCAGCUACAUACAUAUGCAAGCGACUUUAAGAAAGAAAACUUAAAAUAAAAUAUAUGUGUGCUCCUAAAUAAUAUAUAUAUAUAGACCCAAAAGAGACCGUAUCUAUCAGGGAAAUAGUCCUUUAAUAAAAACUAAAAGCAAAAUCACAGCAUAUAGCUAAACCCUUGCUCCUCACAUACUUACCACUAGAUUACUAGUGAUAAAGCCAAUCUCAUAUAAACAGCUGUUAUAGCUGCCGAUAUUACUAGACUAAUAGCUCCUACCAAAGCUCCUCAGGCCAGGAAAGUUGCAACCGUUUUUAAAAAGUGAAGCAGCGUGUUGCAACCUGGCGUGUGGGGCUGUGGUGUAUCAGAUUGUAUCAAAUAUAAUCAAGAAAAUUAAUUAUUCUACCGCUAGAAAUCUAAAAUCACACAAGCGAUAAUGAUGGAACAAAUAUAUGAGAAAGGGUGCUUGGAAACCGAGACCGGCACCUUAAUUAAGUGCCUCCAUUACUGGGACACUAUGUAAGAUUAUAAGUACCUGACCUCGGUGUGGGCCCCCACCUGAGGUAAAAAAAAAAACUCCUGCCACAUAAAAAAAUAACAGGACAGAAACCAGUUAAUUCUUCCGAUGAAAAUGGCUGGCUGUUAUUGUUGAGCGCUCAUCCAUCGAGGAUCACAUCCAUUGAUCAGCCUCAAUGAGUGGCACAAAAUCAAAGUAAUAACUUUUCUGAAGCCUCUAAAUAUGUACUCCUAGAUUCCCUGUGAUCUGAUAUUCAUUUUCAAGCAGAUCGCUUUUGGCUUUUAAAAUGUUUUUAUUUUUUAUUUAUUUUUAUUUAAUGCACUCUAUGAAAUAUAAUAUCCAAUGCAACAUGACUGAAUUUAAUAUAUACAUAGUACCUGUGAAUGUAGAACAAAGCUAGCAACCUAUUGAUCCGGUAACAAGCUCUCUGAUCUAGGCAGCAAGUGAAUUCACAUAGUGUGCAAUUUGCUAUUCCUGUAUCCCAUAAGUGCCUUCAUGCUAAAACUGUCCAAGAAAACACAGACCGGGUUAAAACUCUAUACUGUAAAGUAAGCUAGAAUGGUCUUAUCUGAAAAAUGACGUUUUGUAGAAACACCCCUGCACAUGAUUUGGUAUAAGAUUGAAAGCCAUAACAGGAUAAUCAUUUCUUUGUGAAACAUUUUAUGCUAUAAUCAAGGAAAUCUGAUGGAGGAUGAUAUAUUCACAGCUGUGUACAAGAUUACAAGCACAGCCUUGUGCUUUAAUAAGCACCUGAUAAGAUGUAUGUUGUAUAUGUUUUGCACCUCUAAACCUGUAAUGACAUGAUAAUGUAUUGGCUUCAUAUAUCUGUCUGAAUAUAAUAAAGGUUUAAAAAUCAAACCAAAACCUUUUUACCAGACCCUUCUCCUUAAAGCUUACUCAACUCUGAUUUUUCUCUUAAAGUUAGGUAACCAUGUUACUCCUGGAUCAUCCAUAAAUAUUAUAACUUUAUUCUGCUUUGAUAACCACACCUAGAGCUCUGAAAAAAAUAUCUUUUUAAUUGCAAUGCUAGCGCAACCUUUGUGAGUCCCCCCCCCUUCUUUUCUGUAAAGUAUAAGACAAACAAACAAAAAAAAACUCCUUUUACACUGGUGUUGGUGAAAUCCAUUCCUUCGAUCUCAGUGGGUAAGUAACUGUGGUGUGUACUUUCCUUUCCCAGUAACUGCUUUGCAAUGCUUGCUGUACAGUGGUUGUAAAUAGAAAUGUAAUAAUGCCCUGGAUGCACGACUCUACUCUUUUCAUUGCAUGGGGAAUGAUGUAUAUGUCAAUAACUCCUUUCUGCAACAUUUCAUUUUUAUUAUGUCUUUUUUUAUUUAUUUAUUUUUUUUGCGCUUUAUAUAUAUAAAAAAAAAAAGUAUAAUUUUAAACAGACCUUCUUAUAGCACAGCGUGUUUGCUUUAGAAGUUCUUAUAACUUACUGUAUCCAAACACAGGACGCAAGAAAAUUAAUGAUUCUCAUAGAAAUGCAUUGCUAUGUUCUGACUGGCUAGAAACUGAGAUUAGAUGAUAAGAAUAGGAAAUAUGACUGGUAGUCUAACAACUUCUGGUAUAUAAGAAAAAAAAAAUUAUUCACCAAAGUGAGAAUUGUCAGGUAUUCAAAGUAAAUAUUUAAUUUAAGGCCAAAAAAGAAACACAUUUGAUUUGGAAUUUUUUUUUUUUUUCUUUCAUCAUCUGUUAUUUUGGCCUCAAACUUGAAAUGCACUUUGAAUUCCUGACCAUUCUUACUUUCACUGUAUAGUUAGAAUUUCAAUAAUUUCUUAUUUAGUCUGUCUUGUAGUUUUGUUAUAUGGUUCAGAAAUUCUGAUUAUUCUCCUAUCAACAAUUUGCAAGCCGUACAUGAGUGGCUGAUUAAAACAACAUCAAAUACGUCUCUCCAGAAGGAUGUUCAGACCACUUAAAUAGAAAUAUUAAUUCUCGAAGGACUAUUUAUUUGCAAAAUGCAAGUUGCACUUCAGAAAUAUUUGUCAGGCUCAUCUGCAACCCAGCUCUGCAUAUCUGCCCAACUAUGAAUAUUGUGCCAACCUGGGAUCUUAACUUGGUACUGAUUACCUUCUGCAGGUCUCCAUUUGAGUCUGUGGAAUCCUGUUCCUGAUUGCUGCCAGUUUUCCACAAUCAUAAAGUGAUUUUACAAAUACACCCUUUUGUCUGAUAAGUUCUUGAAUACAUCUAAUGUGGAAGGGUUACUCAUAGUUCUGAGCGGAGGAAUGUCAAUUUUUUUUCUUUGCCUAUUUCUAUGCAUACACACUUAUUUAUUGGCUAAGGGCAAUCAGCUGAUGCUAAAAGUCAAUAAAUGGUGAGCAGGAGUGGCGUCUGCAGAAGCCAGAUAUUGUAAGUCACCAGGAGAGAAGACUCGGUGUGUACCCAGGUAAGCGGGCAAACUGUUGUUUUUCAUUACUGGAAAAGGGUGGUGUAGUACUCCACACAUCAUAACCACUACAGCCAAACUGUUGACCUUUUUGAUUAGAAAACUGAUCUCUAUGACCCACUCUUUAUCAAAUAAAUCUCAGACUACUCCACCAGGUCUGUUUCAACUUCUUGGGUAAUGAAGACUUUUCAGUUCCUGCAGCUCAGAUUUGCAGAGCAGCAGCAGAAUCUUCUCUCGCCACCAUUUCCAAAUGCUUUGUGGACCUUUGGCCUCAACAGAUGUGACUUUUUGAAGCAAGGUGUUACAAGUGGUGUUUCAAAAUUAGAAGACCUGAGCUUCUCAUCUCUGUUGCCAUGCUACCUGCCAAAUAUAAGUACUGCUGAAAACUGAUGGGUGGAAAAUUAAUUUUACUUGCUGCAAAUUCUUUUAAGCUCAGUGUUCAAAAUAGUACAAGUUUGUCCCCCUAAAUGGCUUAAAAUUAUUUGCAGUACUUGUGUCUUGUGUAUGACAGUGUGUCCAGGCUGAGAAAUUACUUACACUGGUCAAAGGGCUGUGAGAGGUUAGAUCAUUAUAUUUAAAGUAUGAAUGGAGUCAAAUAAAUGCAAGUACUGCCUUAAAGAUUCAGGGAAAAAGAUUUACAGUAUGUAAAAUGGUUUACUCCCUAAAAUAUUUUUUAUUUUUUUUGGCAAUAGAGGAAAAGCAAACUCCUGACUGUUAAGAUAGCAAUGUGAGGUCUGUGUAUCAACUGGCUAGGCAAGUCUUCUUCCUCUUUUAAAUGUUCACAAGUGAAAUGUACCAGCAAGCUCUGACAGGUGCGGCCAUAUGGAUACAGAUUUCCAUCUGCUUAUGAUCUGUUUUUUGAGGCCUUAGGUGAAACUCGACAUUCCCCUGCCAGAUUGCAGUAUGGUUGUCUGAUUUUUUUUUUUUUACACUGAUAAGACACAGCAAGAAUACCACUGACAGGUGAAGUAAAUAAGAAUGAUUAUAUAAUGGCACUUGUCAAUGGGGUGGGAUAUAUUAGGCAGCAAGUGAACAGUCAGUUCUUGAAUUUUAUAUGUUGGAAGCAGGAAAAAUGGACAAGUGAAAAUAUCUGGGUGACUUUGACAAGGGCCACCCUGGCUAGACGACUGGGUCAGAGCAUCUCCAAAAUUGCAAAUGGUUCAGGGAAGGACAACUGGUGAACUGGCCUCAGGGUCAUGGGUGCACAAGGUGCAUGUGGAGAGCAAUGGCUAGUCCAUCUGGUCUGAUCAUACAGAAGAGCUACUGUAGCUCAAAUUGUUGAAAAACAUAGUACUGGCAAACAUAGGUGUCAGAACACACAGUGUGCCACAAUUUGCUGCAUAUGGGGCUGUGAAGCCAGAGCCCAGUCUGAGUGCUCAUGAUGAUCCUUGUCCACUGCUGAAAGCACCUUCAAUGAGGACAUGAGUGUCAGAGCUGCACCAUGGGAAAAAGGUUGCCUCAUGAAUUGCAUUGCCUUUAAGAUCAGACGGAUGGCUGGGUGCGUGCGCGUCGUUUACCUUGGUCAGAGAUGGAAGUAGGAUAAACUAUGGGUAGAAGGCAGGCUGGCAGAGGCAGUGCUAUGUUCUGCUGUGAAGGACCGUGAGUCAUUUAUGUAAAUGUUACUUUACAUAAAUACCUACUACCUAGAGAUUGUUGCAGACCACGUACACCCAUUUGUGGCAAUGGUGUUCCCUGGUGGCAGUGACCUCUUUCAGCAGGAUAAUGCACCCUGCCACACUGCAAAAAUUGUUCAAGGUGUUGCCUUGGUCUUUAAAUUCCCCAGCUCUCAAUCCGAUUGAGCAUCUGGAGCUGGAACAACACAUCCGAUCCAUCAACCUCACAACUUGAAGGGCUUAAAGGAUCUUCUGCUAAUGUCUUGGUGCUAGAUACUACAGGACACGUUUAGAGAUCUUGCCUCGACACAUCACAAUUAUUUUGACAACACGAGUGGGACCUGCAUGAUAUUAGGCAGGUGGCUUUAAUGCUGUGGCUGACCAGUGUAACAAUGGCAAUAAUGGUGUCAUUUUAAUACUGAGAUAUUGUCUCUAUAAGGGUAGGUACUCCUAAUGGGUAAGUGGGCAUGUGAGUUGAGAACCUAUCCAGGGCUUAAGCUUGCUGAAGUGUUUUAUAUGGCUGGAGCCUGCCACAUUUGUGAAAGUGUAUAAAAGUGCCAAUUUCAAGAGAAAUUUACCCUUUUAUAAUUGGGUGCAUAAACACCUCCCUGGAUGUCAAUCAGAAAGCCAUGGAGACUUCUUUCAUUUCUGUUAGCUCCUUGGAGCUAUCGGAAGUACGAGACACACUGUACGAGCAUGUGCCUGCCUUUCCACAUUCAGAAGCAUUCAAAAGCUGCAAUUGUGUGUGCACACUCACAGCGCCAGAGCAGAGGUUUGGCAAUUACACUGUACAGGCUACUUGUGGGGGAUUCUGCUUGUGAUGUUAUGUUCCUAUACAUCAAACUUGUUUUUACUUACUUUGUUUGUCUUGUUUUUAUAAAUUGUAUAGCUCAGCAGAUUAUGUUGGUGCUAUAUAAAUAAUUAACGGCAGUAGUGGCAGUGGGUGUUGUGGAUAUGAGGAGUCAGGGGAUAGGAGUGUAUCAAAGUCCCAUCUCACCAAUGCAUCCCACAUGUGCCCUUUUCACUUCUCAAUCCUUUUCUCUCUGCAUGAGCCCCCAUUUCGCCUGUCUAAAUCCUUUUCAAACUAUUCAGUUAUUUUUUUCCUGUGUCCUUUACACUGCAAUUUUUGCAAUGUCUCCUAAAGGUACAAAGACCACAUAUUUAAAGGUAAACUGUUCUCAAGGUUUUGAAUAUUAUGUUUACUUAUCCUUAAAUUUAAGAAGUAAGUGUUUGUGAGGUGUGAAAAAUAAAAUAAAAUGUAGAAACCUACACCUAUUUAUCCUGAACUGGGUGCCUCCAUCUUAGCUUCCUGUUAAUCAUUGUUAUACUUUAAAAUGUAAGCUCAUUUGAUCAGGGCCCUCAACUCCAUCUGUUCUUGUGCGUCCAAAUCGUACUUUUCUGUUAAUUCACCCAGUUAGUUCACCCAGUGUACAGCGCUGCAAAUUUUUUGGCCACUUUAUAAAUAUUAAUAAUAAUAAGCCCUGUCCUUUGUCCCCUGAAAAUCUGCAUAGAAAUAAAACUGAGACAAGAGGAAAAUGAAACAAUGGUUCAAUUUAUCUUCUUAAUUUGCAAUGUUUGCCUUUGCUUUGCCUGAACUGAACCAGAUUAUGAUGUUAUUUACCAAAACUUUAAUGUAGUAUUAAGAGAAAAGAGUUUAACAUAAUAAGCAAGUUAACAUACAUUAUAAGUACUCCUGAAUGAUUUAUUUAUUGGUUUAAUUUCUAGAAAAGUGGUAGCUCCCUUUUAAGGAAUAAUUUAAUUUAUCCAAAUUUAAUUCCUCUAGGUCAGGAUGUGACAGAGUAGUUAACAUGGUGACAUUUUUAAUGUUUUGAGAAACUUUUGUAAGAUUGUACCAGCAGAAAUGUUUGGGGAACAUGACUACAAAUGGGGGAUGGUCAACACUAGAGAUCAAUAUGAAUAUACCUAUUUGGAAUGACUCUUCGGAAAUGUUUAACUUUUAAGGCAGAAUAAAUUGGGGUAUAAUUUGGUCAGCAGACUACUUGCCCAAACUCCAGGACUGCAACCAAAUAUUUAAAGACUAUAACAACUGACAAUUAGACAGGAAUGUUUCUUCAAGGUGGAACUAUAUGGGGAACUCUUAAAAUCUGCAUCUGCAAUCUGCUUAAAUAACAAUUCUCAAAGCUGUUUUUAGAAAUGAGAUUCAAAAGCAUUAGUUCGUUGAUUUAAAAAAAAAAAAAUUUUUUUUUUCAUUUCAAGGGAUUAAUUAUAUGCACCAUUUGCUAAGGACAAUAUUGCAGGUUAGGAAGUUGAAGGCCACGGUCCUGCUAACAAUUGUCAGUAAAGAUAUGCUAACUGAUUUGAUAAUUUUACAUAUCCCUACGAGAUCUGGGGAAAACGAAAAAUAUUGUUGUUUGACUUCUUUUAAAAGAAAAUAAUUUGGCUUCAAGGCAUUGCCUGGAUUUUAGAAUUCCUAUGGUGAUCACAUGGUUCCAGUACCAACAAAACUAUAUCUAUCUAGAGAGGUUACUGCUGUAUUUAAAAUAAGGCAUGUUAGAUGUAUCUAGCUAAAUCUAGGGUUUUGUUCUAGCUAUUUGCCCACCUGCAACACAAAGUUGAUGAGCGCUUACUAAACUCGGGUGCUGUAUAGCCCUUUCGGUAUUACCUCACCAGUAAUAAAUUCCAAAUAAAAAAAUGGGCAAGCACUCUCCAAAAAUAAUGCAGUGCCGUUCAAUGAAAAAUAAAGAUUCGACAGGACUCUAGACAGGUAACCAGUUUUGUGCCCCCCCUUUUAUUGAUGAAGGGGCCAAGUUUAGUCAUGUUUCUGGGGCUUCUGAAUGCCACAGAGUCUUGCCUGGGUAAGACCUUCAAAGUGGUUUUAGAUAUAUCCACAAUAAACAAAAACAAAAAAAUGCAUAAUUAAAUUCAUGCAUGUUUUCAUUGGAGGUAUGUCUACUAAAUUGUUAUAGUAAUGUAUAUAUUUCUUUCCCAUUGGAGCGUUCCUGUAAGACAGCAUACAUUUAUAAACCCUCCUGAUCUACUGAGUGAAAGAACAUACAGACAUAACUUUACCGAACAGGAAAUUAAAUCUAAGUUGAACUGGACACAAUUUUGGUUGAAGAUAAACUGUUUUUCUUUCUAUAAGUGUAUUAAUUCUUAUCACAGUAGAUGUCAUUUUGGAGCGUAUUGUUCUAAGUGGGUUAAGAUACGAUUAUCCGAUGGAGUCUGUAAAUAAGUCUAGAGAAUCUACUUUUGAAGCAUUUUGCUCUAAACCUAUUGAUAACUUGUCCUUUUCAAUCGUGUUACAUAAUUGCUUCUGUAAUGAAAAUUAUGUUAUAUUUUCAGAUCAUUGACAAAUUCUUUACAAUUUUUCCUGUCUUUGCAGUGUGAAUGGAUUUCUUAUUUUUAAGGAUUCUUUUUUUCAUUCCAUUUUUGGAUGAAGUUUGUUUUCCUUUGAUUCGUUUCGUGGUUGGAUUUCAUUGUUUGGAUUGUUUAAAGAAGACAAUAUGUUGACACCAAGACUAAUAGACAGUGUUAAGAUUGAAACGGUUGGGGAUUGUAAUGUGAUACCUAUAUAUUUUCUUGUUUAUUUCUUUCAUGUUUUUGUGAACUGUAUGUAUGAAUGUCUUUGCUGCUGAAAAUCAGUAAAGAAAAUGAGCAUGUUA